CCCCCACAACCCCCGUGGAUUGUAGACCUUGUUGUGUGGCCCCCUGGAAGGCUAGCAUGUGUGAUUUGGCGUAAAAGUCUCCGGCAGCACUACCCGAACGCCAAAUACAACUUGCUAGUGUUUCAAUUGCAAAAGACUGUUGCAUUUGUUACAACAACGUAUUCUUCACGGCGGUGUCUUCCUGCGGCUUGUAUUGGAUGCAAGAGAUUGGCGCGCUCCAAAGGCGGAUCUUUUUUUUAAGCACGAAAACUACAUUUCCCGGCGCGCUCUUCGGCGCCGACGCGAGCUCCCAUGAGCCCUUGCAGCUAGAUUUGAAAAGGAGACCGCGGCUUACUGACUCGUAAGAGAGGACUCGGGGAGGGGAGAGGAAAGGAGUCGGGUCGCCGGUGGCCUUGGAAGCGCUCCGCUCAGCUGGUUCUGGGACCGGGCCGUUGCGGCCCUUCCGGUGUGGGCCCCUGAAUCCUGACUCGGUCCCCACACAUAGUGAGUAGCCACUCCUGGUCCCACUUCAUAGCCUUAUAACUGAAAUUGCCCUGAGCUUGAGAACUUCAAACUCACCUGCCAAAAAGGAUGGAGGUAACUUUGAAUGGGCCAGUAAUUCCCAGGCUGUCCUUUGUUUCUGCUGUUGAGCUGUCCCCAAGAACUGGUCCUGUGGAUGCUAGUGACAUUAGGAAAAAUCUCUAUGGUGACUUCUCUUCAAUCUCUGAUACAAGCCAGAGAGAGAGCUUGGAAUCCAAAGAACGUAUUCAUGUCUGCCUUCGCAUCAGACCGUUUAUGCCAUUGGAAAAAGAGAGCGAUUCUCAGGACUGUAUUUCUGUUCUUGAUCCAACAAGUGUUAUAUUAAAAGCUCCCAAGAGUUCCAAUGUUUUUCGGCUCAGUGAAAAAAACUUAGGACAAUUGGUGCAGAAAUUCACUUUUUCACAGGUAUUUGGUCCUGAAACAACACAAGAAGAACUCUUUGAUGGUGCUGUAAAGCAGCCAGUGCUAGACUUCCUGAAGGGGCAUAGUCACCUAAUAUUCACUUAUGGAGUUACAAAUGCUGGAAAAACCUACACAUACCAAGGCACUGAAGAAGCCAGUGGCAUUCUCCCAAGAUCUCUGGAUUUGUUGUUCAAUCACCUUUCAGGCAAACUGUAUCCAGGGAUGGACCUGAAACCCCACCGGUGUCGAGAGCACAGAAGGUUGAGUAAAGAAGAAGUGAGAGAAGAAACAUCUGUCAAAAACUCACUGCUUCGUCUCAUGAAAGAGACAGAUUACCAAACUAGCAUCCAUGGUAAUUAUAGCAAAACAACCGAUAAAUCUGAAGAUUUGACAGAACCAGUAAAUGAAGCUGAACAAUCUUACUCAGAUGAGAAGAAAGGAGUAAAAUUCUCAGUCUGGGUUUCAUUUUGUGAAAUUUACAAUGAGUGCAUUUAUGACCUGCUGCUUCCAUUUUCUGCUGACAAGAAAAGAAAGAUGUUGCGCCUUGCCCAGGACGUAAAUGGUUGUUCAUAUGUUAAAGAUUUACAGUGGAUUCAAGUUUCAAAUUCUAAAGAAGCUUUUAAACUCAUGAGACUUGGCCUGAAGCAUCAGAGUUCUGCUUCGACAAAACUAAAUGCCAACUCUAGCCGAAGUCAUAGCAUAUUUAAUGUGAAAAUGCUAAAAAUCGAUUCUGAAGUAUCUCGAGUGAUGCGGGUCAAUGAAUUAUUCCUCUGUGAUCUUGCUGGCUCAGAGCGUUGUACCAGAACCCACAAUGAAGGAGACAGAUUAAAAGAGAGCGGGAACAUUAACACUUCCUUACUAAUUCUAGGCAAAUGCAUCAAUGCCCUGAAGACCAGCCAGCAAUCAAAACUGCAGCAGCACAUACCCUUUCGUGAAAGUAAGCUAACUCACUAUUUUCAAGGCUUCUUCAGUGGUAAAGGGAAAGUGUGCAUGAUAGUUAAUGUCAGCCAGAGUGCAGCUGCGUAUGAUGAAACACUCAACGUGCUCAAGUUUUCAGCAAUUGCUCAAAAAGUCCUGGUCCUGGAUUCUUCCAAAUCUCUCCAAGGAGAGACAUUGGACGAGAUAUCUGUGAAAGCAGAAUCGGAAAUGAGGGUAGAAGAUUUGCCCAUUAAAAGAGCGACUAUACUUUGGGAGAGGACCUUGGAAGACGUAAUGGAAGAUGAAGAAGAGCUACUAAAAGAGGGUGUCAAUGGAGAUGAGGGCAACGGCAUCAUGGAAAACUUCUGCAUGAAGGAAGGUGAGGGUGAUAUUGCUGAGGGGACGACAAGCCAGGUGGAAGAAGAAGAGAGCGACAUCCUCAUUGGAAAAGAUGAGUAUCAGAGGUUGCUCGACAUCAUAGAAGAUCUGAAGAACAAGCUGAUUGAUGAAAGGAAAGAUAAGCUACGCAUGGAGUUAAAAAUCCGUGAAGAGGUUGCACAGGAAUUUGCUCGAUAUUGUACUGAAAAAGAGAAUGACUGCAAAGCCUUUUUGAGCCAUAAUCAAGAAAUAAUGGAAGAGAACUGUGAGGAGCGCAUGCAGAUUUACAAGGAUCUGAUGAACUCUAUGCUACUGAUAAAUGGCAAAGACAGUGCAAAAGAGCUAAAGACACACUCUGAUAAGCAGGAGAAAGCACAGGGAGGUGAAUCCGGAGAACAGUCAGAUGGCAUGGAUCUUUCUUGCAUGGUAGAGUCGUUGCAACACAACAUCACUGAUAUUAAACAGCAAGCAGAAAUGGCAUAUGGGGCGAUCGUUGCCUUGGAAGAACCCCAGACAACUAUUGAGCGGCUUGAAAAACAAUUGCAUGAAGUUAGAGCCGAGUUAUCCCAGGCUCAAGAGGAGCUGCUGUGCAAGAAUACAGUGGUGACGGUGCAAGAGAAUAAACUGAAUGAAUCUACUCAGGUUCUUCAAGAUGCCACUGAGAAAAUGGCUCUACAGAACAAACGCAUACAGGAGUUAAGUCAAGCUGUGGAGGAAAAGGAUAGUGAAAUUAGUAGGCUGCUCAUUCUGCUGAAUCGCUUGGAAGCUGUCACAAAAGACUCUGAGAACACAAUUGCCGCUAUUAAGCAUGAAAAGGAACAGGAAGAUCUGAACAAAACAGGCUGUGCCCAUUUUAGUGAGUCCAUGGAGAAAUAUGUGGGUAAUAGACGAAAACGAUGUGUAGAAAAUGAGGAGGAAGAGGGACCACCUGCAAAGCAAGGACCUAUUAACAACAAUUCUAAAGAUGCCAUAGACACAAAGAAACCUGAAGAAAUGCAACCCAACACUUUGAAGGAAAAAACUGAAAUAUUAGCAUUGGAAGAAAAGAAUAAAAGUCUAGAAAUCCAGUUGGUCACACUUAGAGAGGAGUUAGAAAAAAAGAAAAAUGAGAAUGAGCAAUUUUCUAAAAAGACAGCUAAGUUAUCUCAGGAGCUUUCUUCUUCAGAAGAAAGAGUUUCUGGAUUAAGUAGAGAACUUCAGCAGCAGCAGGCUAGUUGUGAGAAGAUAAUGACUGAAUUGGUUGCACUGAGAGAUGCAAAUAAAGUACAAAAGGAGAAAAUUCAGACGCUUCUUCAAGAAAUAGAGACUUCUAACCAAACUAUUGCAGAACAAAAAUCAAAGAUAAAGGCAGUUGAGGUACAAAUAGGCGAACUGAGCAGAUUUGAUGCACAGUGCCCUAGGACAGAUACUGAUUUGGCAAGUCAAAAAGAAAUCACAGAGCUUCUAGAAGAGGCACACAAGGAAGCUCAUGUCAACAUUGGUCAAAACAGCUCAUUUCACUGUAGCAUUGCAAGCAUCUGGGAACUGAGCAAGCAGAUCAUUCGUACAUCUUCUCAGAAAAGCACUCAGAUUGAAGAUCUCCGCAAACAGGUUGAGCAAUUGCAGAGGAGGGAUUUAGAUGCUGAAGGUGAAAAGACUCAGCUGAAGUUAAAGCUAAGUGAGACAGCUAAUCAGAUGGGCACCUUCUUGAUGGAAAGGGAAUGUCUCCUUAAGCAGCUAAGGGACCUACGCCAGGAAAAUGUUGUUUAUACUGAAAAAUACAGGGAAGAAGAGACUAGAGCACUUGGCUUCCUUGAGCAAAUUAAGGAAAAGGAUGGGCUCUUGGAUGAAUUUAGGGCAAAAGCGGCCAAAGCAACCUGUUUAGAGCAAGUGAUGAAAGAUAAGCAAUCGGACAUCUUAAUUAUGGAAAAAGAAAUGCAGGAUAUGAAGGAGAAACUUAAUGUUUCAGAAUCUAAAGUCAGACAGUUAAAUGAUCAAGAAAUACAUCUGAAGGCAGAAAUUCUAGAGCUGAGAAGUAAACUGAGAACUACUGACCUCCAGGAAAAGGAAAUGGAGAAAUCAAAGCAGACUAUAGAACGAUUGAAUACUAAGCUCUCGGAGAGUACUGCUCUUGUCUCUGAUCUACAAAAGAAAAUCCAGCAGAAAGAUGAAGAAUACACAGACCUGAAAGAGAAGCUGGCUGAUGCCAAGAAACAAAUCGAGCAAGUCCAGAGAGAGGUAUCCAGCAUGCGUGCUGAAGAGAAAUCAUUACGAGGUAAAGUGAACGAACUUGAAAAGGCUAAGACCCAGCUCACUGAAGAGCUAGACAUCAAGCAGCGGACAAUCCAGCAUUUUAAGAAGGAAGAGCUAAAUAAGAAACUGGAGAAAGUUCUGCAGCAGUAUGAGAGUGCAUGCAAGGAAUUGUGUUCCAAAGAGAAAAUAAUUGAAGACAUGAAAAUGACUUUAGAGGAGCAAGAGCAGACUCAGGCGGAACAAGACCAAGUGCUUGAGGCUAGGUUGCAGGAGAGUGAAAGAUGUAUUGCAGAACUGGAAGAGUGGAAGAAAAAAUAUCAUGAACUGGAGAAGCAAAGCAGUAAUCUAAGGCAACGCAACAUUAAUGAAGAAUGUGAAAAAAGCACAGUGUUGCCUAAUAAAGAACUAACAAGUUUGCAAGAGAAGCUGAAGGAAUGUGAAGAACAACAUAAAAGUGAUCGCAAAAAGUGGCUGGAAGAAAAAAUGCUCCUCAUAAGUCAGGCAAAAGAAGCGGAGAUGCAUCGUAACAGAGAGGUGAAAAGGUUUGCUGAAAACAGAGAACUUCAUGCAAAGCAGCUAGAAGGAGCAGAAAAGCGUUUGAUAGAAAAGGAUAAUGACCUUCAAAAAUGGCGUACAGAAAGAGACCGAUUGGUAACAGCUCUGGAAGCUCAACUGAAUUCCCUAAUUUCAAGUAACACAGAGAAAGACAAGGAAAUAGAAGAACUGAAAAAGGCUGUAUUAAAAGCACCUGGGAAGGAGGGUGAAAUAAUCCUUGAAGAAAUAACCAAUGGUAGUACCAAGGAAAUAAAACAGACUACUUGUGAGAACUCUGCUGCUCCAAUAUCACCCAUUCAGGCAGGAGCAGAAAAAAAUAAGAUGGACGAUGUCUCUGACAGUAAACAGCUUAAAGAGGGAGAAAUUGACCUGCCAAAUUGCAGUAAUGCGGAAGACACAGGACUGUUGACGGUAGAAAAUACUCAGAAUCAGUCAGACACGGUCCUAGAUUCUUGUGAAGUCUCUUCAGAGAGUGACCGGGCCAGCCGCUUUCCAAAACCAGAAAUGGAGAUUCAGUUCACACCUCUGCAGCCCAAUAAGAUGGAAGUGAAGCAUCAAGGGAGUCCUUCCAUGGUGACUAUAAAAAUGGCAAAGGCAAGGAAACGGAAAAGCAGUGCGCUGGACGAGGACUUCUUGAAGAGUGAAAAUGAGAGGAAUGCUGCAUCCCCAUCCAACAUGAGUGCAAGCUGUGAUUCAUUAAGGGUGGAAAAGACUGCUCUUGGAACUUCUGCCAGAAAAGAUUAUUCCCUGAGAAGUAAACAUUGCAUGUCAAGAAGAAAAUCACCUGGAGAUACAGGUGGAACAUUCCAGAAAUUUGGCUCUCUCCUGCAGAGUUCCCCCACAAUCCUACAGUCCAAAGCAAAGAAGUUCAUGGCAACCUUAAAAUCUUCCAAAGUUGCUGAGGAGAAAUCUGUCAGAGAUGUGAAGCCGAAGAGAGCUAAGCGCACGCUACAUUCAACUGAUAUUUCAUUACCUAUGGACUUCUCUGGUCAUGUGAUUGUUAUGGAUCAGAAGGAAAGUGAUCAUGAAAUCAUCAAGCGGCGGCUACGAACAAAGAAAUUGCGUUAAUCCUUUUAAUGGAAAAAUCAUGUGUUUAGUUUUUGGUGGCUGAAUUUCAGAACACAAUGCUUCUAAAGUGAAAAGCAGGUGUAGUUUGAAAACUGCAGCAUUUGCACUACUGGUCAUAUGUACAUUGUAAAUGUGCUCCUUUUUUGUAAUUUCUUACAAUUGUGUACAGACUUUGUUGGUAAUGGAUGUUGUUAAAUUGGAGGAAAAGAAAAGUAUGGACCCCAUGUGUGUUUCCAGUUUGUUCUGUCCAAGACAAUAAUCAGUUUUUAAAAAUGGACAUGGGGCACAGAACUCUUCACCUUCAGAAUCUUGGUUUGGACCAUGUGGCAUCCCCACCCCGGAAACAAUCCAUGUUUCUAGACCAUAAGCCUCGGGUUGGGGAACCAUUGCCCCUCCAGAUGUGGCUAGAUUACAAUUUGUAUUCUCUGUGACUUUUCGCUUUGCUGUCUGGUCAAGAGAGGAGUUGAGCAACAUUAGUAUUUCCCCACUGAUGGCACUUUUAUGCUGCUUUUCUACUUUUAAAAAAAGUGCUUGAGGUACAAACAUCCCUAUAAAUAAAUCAAAUGGCAAAAGGAUCAAAAUAAUCCCGAUGGGCAAUAAAUGGCAAAGGGUUGAAAAGUCUGGUUUGCAGAGAGAUGCCUUCACACCCAUACUGAAAACUGGGAACAGCUCCUAACUGUGAGGGAAGUGCACUCUGUAGUUUGGAAGCAACAUAGGAGAAGGCCCUCUUACCCCAUGCCUCACAAGCAGGCUUCCACAGGUAGUGUCUUUUGCUGAAGGCCUUGGCAUCUAAGCAGGUUCAUAACGCCCCUUAAGACAGCCAGGCCAAAACCCCUUUAGAGCAUUAAAGGUGAAAGCUGGGCUGAGAAAGCCAUUAACAAACAGUAGCAAGGUUACAGGUCGUUCACUUUUCUUUAAAAUAUGCAGGCAAUGUGCAUACAGCAACGCACCUUGCACAAAGAGUUGUAGGGCACUUCCACUUAAUCUCAGAGGAAGUGAUCACUCCUACAAGUUCCUUC